CCGGAGAGAGCCGAGGGGCGCCGAGCGGCAGCGCUGAGGGGCCAUCAUGGCCGCGACCAGCGCUGCUGCGGCGGAGGUGAGCGAGGAGCCGGCGCCGGAGACCAAGGCGCUGGCUGCUGCCCGGGAGCGGAGCAACCGCUUCUUGAGCGGCCUGGAGCUGGUAAAGCAGGGCGCCGAGGCGCGCGUGUUCCGCGGCCGCUUCCAGGGCCGCGCGGCCAUGGUGAAGCACCGCUUCCCCAAGGGCUACCGGCACCCGGCGCUGGAGGCGCGGCUCAGCCGGCGAAGGACGGUGCAGGAGGCCCGGGCGCUUCUCCGUUGCCGCCGCGCAGGGAUAUCUGCCCCAGUUGUCUUUUUUGUGGACUAUGCUUCUAACUGUUUAUACAUGGAAGAAAUUGAAGCCUCAGUGACUGUUCGAGAUUAUAUUCAAUCCACUAUGGAGACUGAAAAAACUCCCCAAAGUCUCUUCGGCUUAGCCAAGACAGUUGGGCAGGUUUUGGCUCGAAUGCACGACGAAGACCUCAUUCAUGGGGAUCUCACCACCUCGAACAUGCUCCUGAAACCCCCCUUGGAACAGUUGAACAUUGUGCUCAUAGACUUUGGGUUGAGUUUCAUUUCAGCACUUCCAGAAGAUAAGGGAGUUGACCUCUACGUGCUAGAGAAAGCCUUCCUCAGCACCCAUCCCCACACCGAGAGUGUGUUUGAAGCCUUUCUGAAGAGCUACUCCACCUCCUCCAAAAAGGCCAGGCCAGUGCUUAAAAAAUUAGAUGAAGUGCGCCUGAGAGGAAGAAAGAGGUCCAUGGUUGGGUAGAAGAAUGUGUGUGGCGACCGCAGUUCAGCUUAUUUACUUCAAGUGGAAAGGGGGAAGAAACAAAGAAAGGACGUUAGUGGGUCUAGCCUUGGGGCCACCUUUUCGCCUGCAGUGUUCUAAGCCAUUCGGCUAGAGGCAUCAUGUCUUGCACUCUCCUUCCUGUAAGAAGCUCUUUUCCAGGUGAGAAAAGUAACGUUGGUAGUGAUCACUAUCUGUUGCUGUGUAACAAAUUGCUCUGGAAUUUAAUGGUGUCAAACAACCACUUGUCAUGCUCAGAUUAUGUGGGUCAGAAAUCUGGCCAAGGCAACACAGGGAUGCCUUAUCUCUGAUCCACCACGUCUGAGGCCUCAGCUGAAAGAUUCAAAGGCGGGAGCUGGAAUCAUCUGAAGGCUCACUCACUCCUAUGCCAGCUCAUUGUCGGGAGCCUUGGUUUCUCUCUGUGUUUUUUCUUCCUGGUUGAGUUCGAACAUCAAAUAUGGCAGCUGUUUCCAGGGUGAGAGUCCCAAGAGUGAGGGAACCAGGCAGAAACUGGACUCUCUUUACAGCUCAGUCUUGGGAAUCACUAGCCUCCAUAUGCCCUGUUCCACUUUCAAGAGGUAGACAGAGACCCCACCUCCACCCCCACCCCUGCUCUCCGUGGGAAUAGUGUCAAUCACAUUGUACGAGGAGCAUAUGGGAUGCAC